GGUUGAAUGGUAACAUAAAAUCUCCCCACAUGUUAAUGCUUGUCCAUUAUAUUGGCAAAUAUUUAGUUUGUGCCCCAUUUUUUCCUCAGUUCUGAAAUACUGAUAUCAAAUUCUCAAAAAUCUUCCCGCUUUUCUCUCCAGGUGUGUGACUGAGAUCAGGGCUCUUAUCGUACUGAGCGUGGCCGUGUUCUGCCAGGCACUGAAGAGACCCCCACAUGAGAUCAGACCCUACUGUUGUGCCAGGCUAUAGAAUAACGUCGACGUUUGCUCCAGAUCAUCCCAUCCUCCCAGGGGAAGGAAUUGGCUGCAAUGGAGCUGGCUCAGAGGCUGGUGACCUUCAAGGAGGUGGCUGUGUAUUUCACCAGGGAAGAGGGGUCUCUGCUGGACCCCACUCAGAGAACCCUCUACAGAGAUGUCAUGCAGGAGAACUAUGAGACGGUGGUCUUGCUGGGGUUUCCGAUUACCAAACCUGAUGUGAUCUCGCAGCUGGAACGAGGGGAAGAGCCAUGGGUCCUGGACCUCCGGGGCUCUGAUACAAAAGUGCUCCUGAGAGCUGCCCGCACAGGGAGUCACUUAUGUCUGGAUUCUCUCUGCAUCCCAUCAAGUGAUGGGAUGGUGUGUGAGAAUGAGGCAAAACCCCAGCAGGAAGAUGCUGAGCAAGUAGGAUACUAUGGGAUAUUAUCAGGAAGCUCCAAAGGGAAUGAUUCUGGGAAUGAUUCCAGGAGUUUUGCACUCCCAGAAAAAACAAAAGCCUGUGAGAGUCAACAUAGGCCAGAGGAAGACUUCAGUAGCCACUCAGACCUUAUUACACGUGAGAGCAUCAACUUGAAAAAGACACGCUACACAUACCAUGAGCGUGGGAAAAGCUUCAGUGGGAGUUCAGCUCUCAUCUUACAUCAGCGAAUCCACAUAGGAGAGACGCCCUACACAUGCUCUGAGUGUGGGAAAAGCUUCAAUCAGAGCUCUGCCCUGAUCACACAUCAGAUUAUCCACACAGAUGAGAAACCUUAUGGAUGCUCCGAGUGUGGAAAACGCUUCAGUUGGAGCUCACACCUUAUCAGUCGUAGGAGAAGCCACACAGCCCCCUCUCCCCCGCUGCCCGCUCACCCGCCCGCUCGCCUCCUCAGCCCCCCACGGCUCACCUGCCUGCUCGCCUCCUCAGUUCUCCUCCCCCACCGCCAGCUCACCUGA